CAGAGCUUGCGCUCAGCUGGGUCCGCCGCCCCGGGGGUGGGGAGCCGCCAACAGGCCGCAGGAAAUCAGCCUCUCGCCACGUGGAAGACAGACUAGAAGACAGACGCGAACCGGGGCUCCAGAGACCCAGCUGGAGAAGAGGAGCCUCUGGCUCCCGGGGUGGCUGGCAGUUCCUGCGGGACUUGGGGGUCCCCGUCCAGUGUCCCGUGGAGGACCCCGAGCAUGGCGGCAGGCCUGGAGCCCCGGGGGAAGAGUCUGCAACUUGAGGAGGAGACCCCGGCUGCCCAGAAAGGAACCACGGAGCACCAGGGAGAGGUCCUGGACCCUCGGGGGGAGAACACGGACCCCCAGGCGGAGGAGACCCUGGAACUUGAGGAGGACAGCCUGGGUGCCCAGGGACACGUGGCACGGCAGCAGGCGGAGAGCCCGGACCCGCGGGGGGAGCCCGCAGAGCCCUGGGACGUGCAGCCGGUGCUGUCGGAGCUGCAGGCGGAGCCGGUGGAGCUGCUGCCGGCCGUGGCGGCGCCGGUGCUGGAGCCGCAGGAGACGGCGCGGCUGGUGGCGGCCGUACGGGCGCUGCACCCGCUGCCAGGCCUGCCCCACCUGAAGCGCGUGCGCGGGGGCGCGUGCCCGGGGCCCCCGCACCUGCUGCUGUGCCUGGCGCGCGCCCCCGGGCUGCCCCCGCCUCUGAGCGCGCUGCUGCCGGGCCUGGACGUGCGCGGCCUGGGCGCCCCGCUGCCCGUGCGCGUGCCCGCGCGGCGCCCCCUGACCCCGGAGCAGCGGGAGCGCGCGCGCGCCGCCUGGCCCACGGCCUUCCGCGAGGACGCGCAGCUGGCGCGCGCGCUGGACGGCCGGCUGUUCCCGGGGCCCGAGCGCGCGGCCCUGCGCGCGCACAUGGCAGGGGCGGUGCGCGCGGCGCUGCGGGCGCGCGCGCGGGGGCUGCGGGCCGUGGGCGCCGUGGCGGUGGAGCCCGGGUCCGGCAGGGUGCUGGCCACCGCGCACGACGCCCGCGGGCCCUGCCGGCCGCUGCGCCACGCCGCCAUGGAGUGCCUGGACCUGGUAGCGCGCGGCCAGGGCGGGGGCGCGCACGGUCCGCCCGCCCCCGCGCCCCCGGCUUGCGCCCCCGCCCCGGGCCCCGACGGGCAGCCCUACCUGUGCACGGGCUGCGACGUGCUGCUGACCCGCGAGCCCUGCGUCAUGUGCGCCAUGGCCCUGCUGCACUCGCGCGUCCGCCGCGUCUUCUACGGCGCCCCCUCGCCCGACGGCGCCCUGGGCACCCGCUUCCGCGUGCAUGCGCACCCCGACCUCAACCACCGCUUCCAGGUGUUCCGCGGCCUGCUGGAGGCACAGUGCCGGGAGCUGGACCCCGACCCCUAGGCCCCUCGCAGGGUCUUCCGCGGCCUCCUGAGCCCUUCCGGAACCUUCAGGGACCUCG